AUGGCCAGGCGAACAUAUGUGCCUCUCAAGUUCGAAGAUGAGAGUGAGCUGGAUAUCAAGUCACCGAGCAGAACGACCAAAGUCGUGCACCACCCACUUCCACAUAAUCAGCAAUCGGGGAGCGCAGAAUUACUGCGUAUGACUGGGCAGGGCUCUGUUUCCGAUCCGAAUUCUCCAAAACGAAGUCGAGACGACGGGGCACAGUUCCAGCCCGAAAGAGCUAUAGAAUCUUUCGGGACAUUUUCGAGAGACGUGCACAGCUAUCCCCAAAACGUCACCUCCGGGCAAGACGAUGUCGCCACGACUGGUGGAUUCCCCCUGAGUCCAAGUGCUCUCUCUACAGGGCCGCAUCAUCACCACGUCCGCGCCCUUUGGGCGUCACCAGACGGCGACAACCAUCGUCCUGCCGCUCCCAAAAGCGGACCCGAUCAGAUAUCAGGAGUAACGGCGAGAAUUCCACCUCAAUCGCAGCCGGCGAUCGAGCCGACAUGCAUGUGCGCGCUGGGAACAAGGCCUCCGCCUCGACUAGACUGGGCGGCUAUAGGAGCCACCGCAGCGCCUGCGGAGGACAGACCGUUUCUCUGCCAGAACUGCCACGAGUUUUACACGCACCGGGCUCGAGAGUGCAGCCAAAUGCGACACGUCCCAUGGAUCUUCCCCGAGAUGGAGGCUGACUACGUGUGCUUCCACUGCUGGACAGCCUUGACGCCGGCAGAGCGCGACGAGUACGAGGAUUUGUUUUUGGAGAAGUGGGGAAGUAGAUUUGGAGUCCCUCAGAGGUUGGACACGGAUGAGUAUUUGAAGAUGAUGGAGAGAAGAAUGAGAUGA